AUGUCUCUGUCUGUCUUCCACCCCUUUGCCCGACUGCCGGUGGAACUGCGACUACAAAUCUGGGAAGCGGCAUGUCUCGUAAUCACUCCCUCCGAUCGCCGCAUGCAGUACGUCGCCGUCCAAGAUGGAGAGGUAGUCCCAUUGCCUUGUAAUUGGCGUCAAUCCGGGGAACAAAUACCUCCGGAAAAGAAAAACAGGUCCGCCUACUUGAUCGACGGCGGCCUUUGGAAAGCGUGCAAAGAAUCGAGGGAGGUUAUCGCUCAACACUCACACUUUUACGAUUGGGUCAGAAUUCAAAAACAAGCCAUCUACGAUGGAGACCGCUUCUCUGAGUGCCCUGCGGACUGGCCUGGGGGACAUGAGUCUGCUCACCCUGCAAUCAUCGAUACAUGCCAAAGCGAAGAAGAGUGCCGUAUGCUCGUCUACCCCGCCAGAGACAUCUUUUGCAUCCAGGUGGAGGAUUGGGUCGCUCUGCCGCAACCACAUUAUGAUCUCGGGGUACAGAUGUUAUUUACCCGUCACAAUGGAGCUUAUUACCAUGAGCUCAUACCUAACAAUAUUGCCCUCGAGUUUGGUCGUAGCUGGCUUACGGAUGUUCCGGACUCCAUUUAUAAGUUGAAAAGGGAGAAUUCUGCGCGGGGGUACUUGUCACAUUUGGUUAGCAUGAAUAACUCGGUUGAAAUUGACGUCGAGGGGAUAUGGAUCAUCGACAAAGAGGCUAAGUGGUUUGCCGGCCUUUCUAAACAUCAUAAUACGGUGUAUCGGGACUGCGAUACGGAGUAUAUCGAGGUCAAGUGGGACGAUGUCGUUAACUAUACAAGCAAUGGGUCAUCGGCUACUGCGUCGAAGUUUAUUCAGAAGCUUGAUCGUCUCUCCCUGUUAGAUUGUUUCCCAUCGCCCGAGAGCUUUGAUCACUUUGCUGAACGGGACGGCCCCCCACCUCAAGACUUCGUUAGACUUCUUGUUCGUCGGGAUAACGAGGUGAAGGAUCCCACGAUAGGCCGCUCCUUCUCUCGCGAUGAGUUCGGCUGGAUCAUUCACAGUGACGAUGAGGAUGAUGAUGAGGAGGAAUAG